AUGGCCAACUCCGGAUUGCAGAUGUUGGGAUUCGUCCUGUCGCUUUUAGGCUUAAUUGGCUUAAUAGUGGGCACAAUUUUACCCCAGUGGAAGAUGUCUGCCUAUGUAGGGGACAACAUCAUCACAGCAGUAGCAAUGUAUGAAGGCCUUUGGAUGUCCUGUGCUUUCCAGAGCACAGGUCAGAUCCAAUGCAAGGUCUACGACUCCAUCCUUCAGCUCAACAGUGCCCUCCAGGCGACACGUGCCCUCAUGAUUGUGAGCAUUAUCGUAACUGUGGCGGGCUUGGGCGCGGCCUGCAUGGGGAUGAAGUGCACCAACUGUGGCGGAGAUGACAAAAUACGCAAGUCUCGCAUUGCCAUGACAGGCGGCAUUAUCCUACUGAUUGGAGGUAAGGAGGCCAACACAGCUUUGUGCGCCAUCGUCGCCUGUUCUUGGUACGCUCAUGACAUCAUCCAAGCCUUCUACAACCCUUUCACACCAGUCAAUACAAAGUAUGAAUUUGGGUCGGCCAUCUUUAUUGCAUGGGCUGGAGCCUUCCUGGUUGUGAUCGGGGGUGGCAUGCUGGCAGCUUCUUGUCCAAGAGGCAAACCCUCACCGAAGUAUCCCAUCUCUCGACCUCCUAGCAGCACCAAGGAAUAUGUCUGA